ACAGCAGCUAUUCUACGAGACUGCACGAGGCAGUAGCUUUUCAGCGUGAACUUACUAUCCCGGAUCCCCUUGUUUCGCGCAAGAGUCGAACGCAAGAUGGCUUUCGAGAUCCCAAAGCCUCGCGUGAUUGCUAGUGGAGCGCGUUCGAUAACACUAACGUGGGCGCCGACCGACAGCGAGGAGAGCCUGAACGUUUUGCCGGAGGACGAUAAUUCUCAUAUCAGUUACAAGUGGCCCCCACGGUACCAACUAUCCAAAGCUGAAGACGAUGACCCUGACUUUCAUCCCUGUUAUGAAGGGGACGAUACAACACACGAAAUUCUAGAUCUCAAACCAGAAACGCGAUAUAGGAUCAAAUUGAGGGUGCAGGAGGCUGAACAGCUGGGCGGGGAUUGGAGCCGGGAUUAUAAGGAGGUGGAGGGCAAAACAACAGAUGAGACACUGUCCCAAAAGCUCACGAAUCAACUCUUCCGCGCCAUCGCCAGCAAUGACGCCGUGACUGUGGCACGCAUCGUCUCGUCUCACACCAAAGAAGUGAGUCUCGAGACGCGGGAUCGUUCGGGCAAAACACCUUUGAUGAACGCGUGCCAGUCGGCAUCGCAAGAUGUUGUUUCAAUGCUGCUUAAGGCAGGCGCCAGUGCCGGGGCAUCAACUCUUGUCGGAAAAAGCGCCUUAUCUAUUGCUGUGACGUAUGGGAACCAAGAAGCAGUGGAAGCUAUUCUGAACCAGUCGACCGAGACGCUUGAAGGGUCGGAUCAAGGAGGGUCUACGCCUCUGAUGUGGGCAGCUGAGAAUGUGAUGCCCAAACAUCCGAAAGGUCUCACAAUCCUCGAGCUCUUACUAGCCAAAGGUGCGAAAGUGGAUGCGCAGGACAUGCGACAUCAAACGGCGCUGGAUCGGUUAUGUGCGACAUCUGGCGAUGCGGCAGCGGCUAGACUGCUCCUACAGCAUGGGGCACGCAUCAUCCGCGAAAUUGACACGACGAGUCGUUCCGCGCAUCAGCCACCGCAAAACAUGACGACGCUGAUGGUGGCAGCUCUGAAUGGACACAAGGCGCUAUGUGAUGAGCUGAUGGACAAUUGGGAUGUGGAUCCGACGGUGCAGACGGAGUUCGGAGGGACGGCGAGGUCGUUUGCUGAGCAGGCGGGGCAUACGGAGGUUGUACAAGCUAUCGACGCAAAAGUUCGAAAAAUGAGGGAUGCGGCGAGGAAAGCGAUUGGCGGGGCAUAGUGUGCGUGCGGUCGCUUAUCCACAUUUUGUUUGGCAUUUGGGAGAACGAUGAAGGCUGUCGGAUGUAUGAU